AUGCCUAUGCAAGUAUUCGAGUUCCACGCUGACGCCACCGUCAGCCUGGCCAGUACUGCUGCCAUCAACAGAAAGAGCUGCGACCACUGCUUCCUCAAUCGCAAGACCUGUGACAAGGUCCGUCACCCGACCGCCGAUCCCGGCGACAAGUGCAAGCGCUGCGCCAAAGACGAUCGCCCCUGCACCUUCACCCCCACCGUCCACCUCUACCACAUCGCAGACUGUGUUGGACGCCACCAAUGCCGCGCCAAGGUCGUCCAGGCCAUGGGUGGUCGCAAGAAGGAAAUCAAGUUCAAGACCAUCGAGAUCCCAAUCAUCUGCGACAUGGACUCGGAGCUCGAUCAGGCACUGUAUGAAUACAUCCAGAAGCAGCCCAACUUGCUGGUGUACAACAACAGGAUCAAGUCGUUUCUCGCUCAGGAUAUGCUGGGCCUGACCGAGGAACAAGAGGACUUAAUGUCUGUUCAAAACAACAACAACGACCAAGACGUACCGGAUGUUACCUCAUCGCCCUCCUCAGAAUCGCCCUCUCAUGGAGCUAAGAGGUCAUUCGAGCCCGAAGACGGAUCAAGCAAGGACAUGAACCUCGACAACACUGCUGGAUCGCCAACGCAGGGUCCCCAAAAGUACAGGAUCAUGGCACUGAUCGACGCUCACCAGAGCCAGACUCCUCAGCAACAACAACAACAGCUGCAACUGCAACUGCAACAGCAGCAGCAGGCAUUGUCGCGCCACCAAAAGCGUCCCUCAGAGGAUCAAGGCAGGAACGUCCCUACUUCGAUGCCCAGCCCAACGCCUCUUAGCCCGACUGACGUGAUUGAAUACCAUAAGCGUCGCGAGUCGGCCUUGCUGGCCUUGCCCUCUGUCGCCACCUUUGGCAGCCUUUACCAAUCGGACGUUCAACAGCAACCGCAACAUCAACAACAGCAGCAGAACUUGUAUGUCCACCAGAAUGUGCUCACACCCAUCAACACCAAUUUCGGUCAACAACAGUCACUCCAGGCAGGUUACCGAAGCACCAGCCCGCUCCUCCACAGCCCAAGCGGUCACAGCCCUACUCAGCACUCGCCUCACCCUCCCAGCCCCUUGGAGCUUUCUCUCGACAUCAAAACCAACUUUGGAGCAUUGAGCGGCAGCCAUCACAACCUUCCCAGCCUCUUUGAUACCAGUCUCUCGAUGUCGACCCAAUUGCACGAACAACAACAACAACAGCAGCAGCAGCCAAUGAGGACCAGCGUCGGAACCUCGACUUCGCCGCAGAUGGGAUCGGAUGCCGACUUUUCGGCUGUGCCCAAUCCAGUCGGCCCCCCACCCCCACUUGUGAUCAAGACCACCAACGAGGAUGGCAAUGAGGUCGGAUUCUACUAUGCAGUUCCCGAGGUUAACCUGAAUCCAGCCUUCAGCGAUGCGGAUCUGUUCCAGGACUUCACGAUGAUGGAUGCUCUCGGUGAAGAUUUCGUCUGGAUCGAGAACCUGUUCGACGAGCCAACUCCGGAGGAGGCUGCUGCGACGAUGACAGCCAUGUCUGUGGCUGCUGCUGCCGGAAGGACCUCCUCGACUGCUGAUCACGGUGUGUCGACCAACGCUGCCCUUGGCGCGAUGGAGAGCCUGAUGAACGCGGCUUCUACCACCGCUGGCAGUGAUGAUGUGCCAAUGGAGUCGAGCAUGAUGGUUGGAUCGAUGCAAGGCUUGGGUAUGCCUCAGCAACCAUGGCCUCGCCCCAGCUACAGCAACACCAUGCAGGGAUAA